CAACGCAACUUUGCAUAGUUUUCCACUUCCUGUUAGCUUGGCGAAGAUAGCGGACGAGCGGUCGGAAAAAAUACUGAUGUAUUUAUGUAAAACCGUAGCAUAAUUGUUCAGGAACUUGCUAUUCUGGAGCCUCUGAGAUCCAUAUUUAGGAGACGACAAUGAUCCGCUUCAUCCUCAUCCAAAACCGAGCAGGGAAGACGCGACUGGCCAAAUGGUACAUGCAGUUUGAUGAUGAUGAAAAACAGAAGUUGAUUGAGGAAGUGCAUGCUGUGGUAACUGUCAGAGAUGCGAAGCACACCAACUUUGUGGAGUUCAGGAACUUCAAGAUCAUUUACCGGCGUUAUGCUGGUCUGUACUUCUGUAUUUGUGUGGAUGUGACUGAUAACAACUUGGCAUACCUCGAGGGAAUCCACAACUUUGUAGAGGUGCUGAAUGAAUAUUUUCACAACGUGUGUGAAUUGGACCUUGUGUUCAACUUCUACAAGGUGUACACAGUGGUGGAUGAGAUGUUCCUGGCGGGAGAGAUCAGGGAAACCAGUCAGACCAAGGUCCUCAAGCAGCUCCUCAUGCUCCAGUCACUAGAGUAGAAAACAGACAACCAUCCUUCCUACCUGCUCACUAAUCUGCUGCCCUGGCGACUUGAACCAACCUACUCCUUGAUCCUGUCACUCUGGAAAGGUUAAUUUUCUUGCCUCAGAACUUCGGGGGGUGGGUGAAUUCAUAAUAUGGAAGUUCAAUUAACCUGUCUGUCACAGCAGUCUUUAUCUGUUGUACUUGUAAUGAAGACACCCAGUAUAGAGGCUGUGCAUUUCAACAUGUUAACAUUUCAUAUACUGCCUAUGUUGCAAUCAACUUGAUAUUCUGGUCACUUUCCCCCCCAAAGCCAGAGGCUGCAGAAAUGAGUUCUUUCAUGUAGUGGCCAGUUAGUCUUUGAAGUUAUCUCUGCAGUGUAGAAACACUGACGUAGAUCCACCAGUUAUGACAUGGCUCUCUCCUGCCCUCCUCCUCCUCUUGUCUUCAUUAACCUAAACAUCAAUUUAAUAGCACUACUGUAACUAACAAGCACCAUGUAUAAAGAGAGACCGCCUAUAAUGAUGAUAAUAAUGAUCCAUACAACAGCCUUGCAGCCAGUUCUGUAAAUCCAUGUAAAAAAAGAGUUUGCAAGUGAUGUGGGAUUAGGCCAGUCAUGCCUUGUGCUCAUUUUAUAUCUGGAUCACAGUACAAGCAGACUACAACUCGAAAGCCCUUUAAAGCAAUUGACCCACCACGGCAAGUUCAUAAUUGAAUAGAGUGUACUUAGGGUGAGUACCAUUUUGACGAUGUGUUAUGGCAACCUCUGCUGCGUCAGACGUCCUCACGGCUGAUGAUGAUGAACAGUGUAUGUUGCGUUUGCACAGGUGGCUGUACUCUGGAUCUUGUAAUUGUUGUCAUUUCAAAUUAUUUAGAUCAUUUGAUGCAACUCGUGUAUUCAGUGGUGCUUGUUGGUGACACUAAAAACAUAAAUGCACUCAGAUGGAAAAAGACCUGGACAUAAAGUAUAUUUUACAUAAAGCAGUACUGUGAAGUUUGCUUCGUAUGGUGUAUCUUGUGUAUGUUGAAUAUUGUGAAAUUAACACAUUCAUUCCAGAAAGAGUGGCUCUUGCUCACUAUAGGGUCUGAGCAGUAUUUAGUUGUUUAAUAUACAUAAAUUUGCUUUGGCGUUGCAUACAAUGAAUUGGCUUUUACAUUCUUUCUAUAAGCCUCAUGAACUUUGACAAAAACACCCACUUUUAUUAAUCUCCCUUUGCUGGACUUACUUGUCAUGUGCUAAUUUUAACCAUAUCCAGUUACAAAGGUGUCAGGUGGGUUCAAAUGUUACUGUUAUUGAACUUUUGUAUUAUUUUUUGUAAUGGUUCGGCAAUAGUGAAAGAUUACUAAGAUACUGCUUCCCUUCUUGUCCACCUGUGUGAGUUUGUGGAAGAUAUGUGUUUGUAUGUAUUACUGUCUCUAGUUCAGCUACCAACAUCAAUAUAUCCCACUAUAUGUAAAUAAAAAAAUAAAGUGAUACAUGAACACCAA